GAACCGGAAGUAAAUAAAUGUAACGAAAGUAGGAAGUAAAUAAUAACAUUAGAAGCAAGUAUUGUUAACACUCAACAGUUAUAAAUAAAUUGGCACUUAAAAUAAAGGAAAUAAAUUAUGAGUGCUUUAUAUUCAAAGGCAUUUGCUCAUUUACCAAGUGAACAGGAUGAGGACUGUUCGUACACGGAUCCAGAGCAUAUUCCAAAAUGGCAUAAAAAGAGGACAUCGGGAGGCUUUAGAAGGAGGUCAGAUCAAUCAAGUUUGAACCCAUCAAAAGGAAUCUAUGAUGAAAUGGGCCAAGAGAAUUCUGCAGUCUACAUGGAAUUCGAACAGGACGGCUCCCAUUCCUCACAUGCCAGUUUUGAUCCACAUGUCAGGUCAGGUGUUGACAUGAUUGAUGGGGCUGGGCUAGUUGGGCAAGGCCCGAGUACCGACGAGUCAUCGGUAUACUCCUACGCAGCAGAUCCAGAUGUAGGCAUUGCAGAGGUCCAACGGAGGCAUCCAAAAACUCAGAGGUCAGUGUCCUUGGAUGAGGAAUACUCCCAGCCCCCGGACACAGUACCCCUCCCCAAGGGGACUGCAGGCUCACAGGAUUACCAGGAACCUUACCACUCAAAAGGUCUUGUGAGAGAGCCCGUCCCACAGCCGGGAAGCAUCUAUUUGUUGGCAAGAGAUGUUCCUCCAAAACAAAGUGCAGACCCUGCCAUAGACCAAUACAACCGUUUGAAUGACCUUUCCAAUGACUUCCGCGGGGUAAGGCUUAACUCACAGGACUCUCAAGAGAGUUAUGACCAUCUGUGGUCAUCAAAGGCUAACCCAGCCACUGGAAGUGUUCAGAAAGCCCAGGCUGCCAACAGCAAAGCACCAAAGACUAACUCAAAGGCACCUGGUAAUUUCAUUUCAACUAGAGUUGCUCAAAUGGAGCAUGACAUGAAAGACAAUCCUCCCGGGAGCUACGAGGAGCCUUGGGACUCAGAAGAAGGGCGUAAAAAGUUUGAAUCAGUGAUAAAAAAAGCAGAGAAAACCCAUGAACGGCGUGUAUCCAAUACCAAUGACAGUAGUACAAAUCCUCAGAUACAGAAAACGAUUACAAAUCCCACUAAUCCAACACCAGCCGUCAGUCAGGCCAGUAAUGGUAAUAUUUACGGACUAGCAUGGUCCUCCCCAUUGCAGAAACCAGAUCCAGCUCCAAGUUUGAGUGCUUCAAAUGUCUCCAGAAAUCCAACCAUUCAACAACAGCGUAAACCCACCGAGGCAGGGGCAGCUAAUUAUGAGGAUGCCUGGGACUUACCUGAAAAACAAAGGGAGCUUGAGGAAAAAUUGCUCAAGGCCGGUUUGCCGAAGAAAUCCUCGAUCCAGUUGAAACCGGACACGCUUCAACGCGAGGCUGAUAGUUUCAAGCGUGAUUAUAUCCAUGAAGACAUUUCCAUGUUUUCUAAGAGGCCUUCUUUGACAAGUGCUAAUCAGGCAUCGGUCAUGCCUCCUUCACCAAUGAGGCGCUCCCAUCCCCAAGAGACUACGAAUCGGGAACACAGUUGCAGGUCCUUGGGUGCUUUUGCUGAGAAGAUUGACAGGGACUUGCCUCUCGAGGAACAAAAUUUUUACCAUGGACUACUUAAGCGGACAGACGCGGAGAGAAUGCUGACUGUGUUUAAGGAGGGCAGCUAUCUGGUUCGGAGAAGUGAGGCCAACAAGAAUGACUAUUCACUCACAUUGAAAGGCCACGGUAACAUUCCGAUGCACAUGAAAAUUACUUCAAGGCCAGAUGGUAUGUAUGUGCUUGGUGAAAACAGUCCACCAUUCAACACCAUUCCCCUGAUGGUGGACUACUACACAUGUCACCCGCUGCCUGUGCAGAAUGCAGAGAGGAUAUGCCUUCUCUACCCUAUCCCCAGUUAGGAUGCUACGUGUCCACAUGUUUCAGUGUAAUUAUAGUAUAAGCGUUUUUUAUUGGCCUCAGAUAUUGCUUGAACAAUUAAGGGUCUUUUUUGUUUUUAUCCAGUUUUGUGUUGCUUACAUUUGUUCAAUUUAUAGUUUUAUAUGUUAUGCAAGAUAUAUGAUCGUUGACUUAAGCAAGAUGUAUGUAUUGGGUAUGUUAAAUAAACUAUUACUUCAAGUUUUGUUACACUUUUACAAUUAAUCAAGUUAUCAUACGAAACCUAGUGCUAUGUUUUCUUUAUUACUUCUUUCUUACUCGAUUUUAGAGCAAGUAUUUUGAGCUUUAACCCUUUACCAUUUAGAUAUGUAUUUUGACGCAUUUGUAAUCCCUCAGAAAGUUAAUUUAAUUAAAGGCCUUUCUUACUAGUUUCAAGUUUUAAAGGCUUCAAUUCCAAUCCUUAGAUACUGAUGAGCAACAAACAACAUAAAAUCUGAGAAGACUGCGAGUUACUCGCAGUCUGUUCUGGUUUUAUGCUGUUUGCACAUAGCCAUUUUUAUUUUGCAUCUUAGUGGGAAAGGGUUAAUUAAAAAAAAGUUUUUUUACAUUUUGAUUCAUAUUUUAUCUGCAGUUUUUGAGGAGCAGAUUUUAUUUGUUUAAGUUAGUAUUAAGUUUAUGAUUCUGUUAUGUGUUGAUAUAAAAUAGUUGUGUAUGUUUGUUGUUCUAUUACUGUAACUUAUAAGUUGGGUACUGGUUCUUUGGCACUUGAUCUAGUAACAUUGUUAUGUCCCAGUUCUGAAAAGUAUCAAACUAUUUAAGUCUUCCAAAGAUACUUGUAGAGAAAAUGCAGUUGUGUUCAUGACAUAUUGAGUGUGUUACCUCACUUCGUAUCUGGCGUCCAUUUUAAAGUUCCUGAACUUGAGAUUUAUGACAAAUUCUGUUAUAUUUCGAUGAUGAGUAGUAUAUUUUAUUUUCUGUUCUUCUCUUUGUUCUGUCUUGUCUUUUACUUUUGAUUGUUACUUUACAUAAGCAUAUGUUCUGGUGCCAAUAUGUGCAUUUUAAAUGUUCAUUAUGAAUUAAAUAUAUAUUUUAAUUUUUAAAUAUUUGUCUUGGCAUAUUUGUAUGAUUAUAAAUGAUUGAAACAGUAAGUAUUUUGUUGACCCUUCAAAACAGUUUUGAAAGGCUUUUGUUCUUUUUAAUGUCUGUUUUAUUCUGUUUUAAUAUGUUCAGAAAUUACUAUAUGAUGCAUUUAAAGAUAGAGUUUGUACAUAUAAUAUAGCAUUAUGACAUGUAAUAAGUAUAUAUUAUGCAUAAUAAAAACCUAUUAAAGGAUCAUUGACAAAUUAUAACAUGAUGUUGCAUGUAAGACUCCAGGCCUUUCAAUUUAGACAUAAAAGAGUAUUGAAGCCUUGAUCUGGGUAAAAUGCUUAAUGCAUGUUCCUGAACUGUACUCCCAGAUCAGCGUAUACAGUCAUGUUCCUAAACUGUACUCCCAGAUCAGCAUAUACAGUCAUGUUCCUGAACUGUACUCCCAGAUCAGCGUAUACAGUCAUGUUCCUGAACUGUACUCCCAGAUCAGCGUAUACAGUCCGCACUUGUUCCUGAACUGUACUCCCAGAUCAGCGUAUACAGUCCGCACUUUCCACUUUUAUGAUAUUUUUAGUUUAAAGGAGUCCCCUCUUAGCAAAAAUCUACUUGAGGCGUAAAAUAUCAUCCCAGAUGAGCAAAGACUAAACUGGGACGAUAUUUUACUGGGACAACAUUUUACGCACAUGCAUUAAGCAAAGACUAAACUGGAGACUAAACUGGGACGACACUUUACGUACAUGCAUUAAGCAAAGACUAAACUGGGACGACACUUUACGUACAUGCAUUAAGCAAAGACUAAACUGGGACGACACUUUACGUACAUGCAUUAAGCAAAGACUAAACUGGAGACUAAACUGGGACGACACUUUACGCACAUGCAUUAAGCAAAGACUAAACUGGGACGACACUUUACGUACAUGCAUUAAGCAAAGACUAAACUGGGACGACACUUUACGCACAUGCAUUAAGCAAAGACUAAACUGGGACGACACUUUACGUACAUGCAUUAAGCAAAGACUAAACUGGGACGACACUUUACGUACAUGCAUUAAGCAAAGACUAAACUGGGACGACACUUUACGUACAUGCAUUAAGCAAAGACUAAACUGGGACAACACUUUACGUACAUGCAUUAAGCAAAGACUAAACUGGGACGACACUUUACGUACAUGCAUUAGGCAAAGACUAAAAUGGGACGACACUUUACGUACAUGCAUUAAGCAAAGACUAAAGUGGGAUGACACUUUACGUACAUGCAUUAAGCAAAGACUAAACUGGGACAACACUUUACGUACAUGCAUUAAGCAAAGACUAAAGUGGGACGACACUUUACGUACAUGCAUUAAGCAAAGACAAAACUGGGACAACACUUUACGUACAUGCAUUAAGCAGAGACUAAAGUGGGACGACACUUUACGUACAUGCAUUAAGCAAAGACUAAACUGGGACGACACUUUACGUACAUGCAUUAAGCCCUGUUAUCCCAGAGUGAGGCUCAUUCAAUACUCAUCUGAUGGUUAUAAUGACCAACUUAGUCUUGUUAAACUUCUCUGAGACAAAAAUCCAGAAAGAAGCCCUGGGCCCGUAUUGACCAACCAAUUCUUAGACAUAAGAAUGAAGAAUAGACUUAGAAACAAGCAAAAUACAUCCAGCGUUUAAAUAUAUGCAGGCUUCCACUGGUUACUAUGCAAUUAACUUACUGUUCUACAGGAAGAAUAAUGUACAUUAAGGUGGUAAAUGCCAUGUUUGACUCAAAAUGAAAUCAAAUCUUGAAUAAUCUGAUAUAAAUGAUAUUCUUCAUUCUUAGACUUCAGUUUCGGGAGUACAGGCCCAGAGCUCAAAAUAGCAAAAUAUGGUCUAAAUUUAAUUUGCAUAAAUAUCUAUAUAUCAUGAAAAAUGGAAAUAAUUUUCACAUUCUCAUUGCAAUUUGGUCACGACUUUUGUGAACUUUGUUUCAUUUUCAUGCACGGUUAUUAACGGUUCCAGAUAUUGCUUUCAUGGUUUAAUAGGUAUGCAUCUCAACUUCAAAUCCUUUUUAAUGGAAAUAGAAAUUGCUAAUUUGAACAUAAAUUCUUAGUUUAUGUUAAAUUAUAUAUAAUGCUUUGUAUAUUAGCAGUAAUUCACACUAGUAUUCUAAACAAUUAUAUAUACAUUUGUUUAACAAAGGUCUUGGAUAAUGAUUUAUUGACUGUUGAUACCCCUUUUGUAUUCAUAUAUCUACUGUCCUAUUAUUGAUGCCUGUUAAAUAUGCAUAUUUUUGUAUGAAUUAAAAAAUAUAUUGUAAAAUGUUAUGUGUAUAAUUGGUUAUUUAAAGCACUUUUAAACCCUAGGCAUGUACAUGUGUUGGUCAGUGGACACAAACUUGUAUUAUCAUGUACUCCUAGACUUUUGAACAUGCAAUGUUAAUAUUGAUCUUAAAUGCACAUUUUUUAUGAUAAAAUGUUGUACAUGUUCAAUUUGUAUUAUUUUAUGUUGAACAUGCAUAUUGUUUAAGUAAUGUCCCGUUUUUAACAUAAAUGUUUAUGUGGUGUUUGUGGGAAUUAAAUUCAACUGUGGCAAGUUCUCUAUGAAAUUUAUCAAACAGUUUUGUAUAAAACUUUUAAGCAUAAAAGAGUUUAUUUAGUGUUUGGUUGAUAGUAUAGUGCAUAUUGAUUUUAGUGGAAAGUAUUUACAUUUCAGCAUUAAAAGAAUAGUAUUAAUAUCCAAUAAUUUGUAUGGUAACUAAUUGAAUAACAAAGUUGUAUCAUUGCUAAUUACAAUAUUACUGCUUACAGAGAUUAAAAGGGAGAUUAUACGACUUUUAUAUGUGUUAAAUUGUAAUAUAUUGAUAAAAAUAUGUUACAAUAACACAAAAUAGGAAAAAAAAAUUAUACAUUGAAGACGAAUUUCAUAAAAUGAAGCAAAGGCAAAUUAGCGCCCCAAGCCGAUUGUGACGAAGAUAUUUUGUACAUAUUUUCCUACAAUAACCUAAGCAUUCGUCGUUUUAUUAGGAUCAGCGUUCGUGUUUGGUAUGAAUAGAUAUCGUUGCAGGAAAUUAAAAUGAUCCGUAAAACUAAAUUUAGAUUCUCAUUGUACAUGCAUGAUAUACAUGCUGGCGAAUUCGACUGUACAGACAUUUUCGAUUUCAGAAUUCAACAUCUGGCUUAUUUCGCAUUUUUCGACACAUGUUCUUCUAAACUUUUAUUUUAAUUUAUAUUGAAAUCUAUGUAUAAUAAGUUUUUUACACAUUUUAUAUAAAUUCAUAAAUAUUUGACAAAAUGGUAUAAUCUCCCUUUAACCAAGUGGCUAGAGACUUAAAAGAUAGUGUUUAGUUUAUGUAUAAAUUGCUUAUGCUAACAAAAAAAUCGGAGGUAUGAUCUUCUCAAUUAAAUGUUUGUUUCCAGAAUUGUGCAUCAACCAAUUAAGAGCAAUUUAGUGUUCUUAAACAAAUUAUGAUCUUACCUUGAGUAGUUAAAAUAACUAAGCAUGAAAAAGACAAAAGAGUGCAAACGGUUGUUAAUUGAUGCAAUCAAAUAAUCAUUUUGAUUCUUUCUUAAAAUUGUAUUUUACCUUUUGAAACUGUUGAGAAGCUCAAACCAUGACAUUAUUCUCUUGGUGUACCUUUGCCCAUCUUCCAUCAAGACAAGACAAGACAUCAAGGGUUGUCAACAUUUACCUUGUUUACACUCUGAAUGUCUCAUUUCUUACCCGAAUGUCAUGAAACUUGGUCAAAACCAAUUAUGUGUAGAUACAAACAAUAUUGGAGUAUGGGUAAAGACAAACAUCCUUAUGUCAAGAUGUUGGUAAAAUACCAAUCUCUGUGUAUUGCUUGGUUAAGGGUCAAUAUUUUAGUGUAGAUUUUAGUUUAAGACUAAGUUUACCUUCAAAUACGUUUGUUUAGUGCUUGUUAUAUACCAAAAAUCCGGCAUGAGUGCCAGCUGUGCCAAAAUAUGUAUUUUAUGUAUCUACGUACCUUUGAUGAUUGCGUAAACGUGUUUAGUGUUUGUGUGUUAAAGUAUAAAUACUAUGUUUAUGUUAUUAACAAUUAAUAAUAUAUAUCCAUGUAUAUUACGUUAUUAACUCCUUUGUGAUUAUGCUCUCUACAGUAUCAAUUAUUCUCAUGCUGUGUUUUAUUCAGAACCAUGUACAACUUUUUUUUACUGCUUUGUUAUUUAGACUAAAAUGACUAUUGAAAGGUUACAUUUCCAAAUAAAUCGCAUUUCUGUAA